AUGAAUAUGGAGAGCAAACAACAAAGGCAUCUUCAAAGGAGGUUGUGGCCUUUCCUCGUCUCAAGUCCAUUGAACUGGAAAAUCUACAAGAUCUCAUGGGUUUUCUACUUAGGGAAGAAUGAGAUCCAGUGGCCUUCAUUGGAUAAGGUUAUGAUCAAGAAUUGCCCAGAAAUGAUGGUGUUUGCAUCUGAUCAGUCAACAGCUCCCAAGCGCAAGUAUAUAAAUACAAGCUUUGGCAUAUAUGGGAUGGAGGAGGUACUUGAAACUCAAGGGAUGAACAACACUAAUGAUGACAAUUGUUGUGAUGAUGGAAAUGAUGGAAUUCCAAGACUAAAUAAUGUUAUUAUGUUUCCAAAUAUAAAGAUAUUGCAAAUCAGCAAUUGUGGCAGUUUGGAACAUAUAUUCACAUUCUCUGCACUUGAAAGCCUGAUACAGCUCAAAGAGUUAACAAUAGCGGAUUGCAAGGCAAUGAAAGUGAUUGUGAAGGAGGAAUAUGAUGUAGAGCAAACAAGGGCAUCGAAGGCCGUGGUCUUUUCUUGUCUAAAGUCCAUUACACUAUGUCAUCUACCAGAGCUGGUGGGUUUCUUCUUGGGGAAGAAUGAGUUCUGGUGGCCUUCAUUGGAUAAGGUUACCAUCAUUGAUUGCCCACAAAUGAUGGUGUUCACACCUGGUGGGUCAACAACUCCCCACCUCAAGUACAUACACUCAAGCUUAGGCAAACAUAGUCUUGAAUGUGGCCUUAAUUUUCAAGUCACAACUGCUGCAUAUAGUCAGACCCCAUUCCUGAGUUCGUGCCCUGCUACUUCAGAAGGGAUGCCUUGGUCCUUUCAUAAUUUGAUCGAAGUAUCUUUGAUGUUUAAUGAUGUUGAGAAGAUUAUUCCAUCCAAUGAGUUGCUACAUCUGCAAAAGCUGGAAAAGGUUCAUGUAAGGCAUUGUAAUGGGGUAGAGGAGGUAUUUGAAGCAUUGGAAGCAGGGACAAAUAGUAGUAUUGGUUUUGAUGAAUUGUCACAAACUACUACUCUUGUCAAACUUCCAAACCUAACACAAGUGGAGUUAGAGUAUCUAGAUUGUCUGAGGUAUAUAUGGAAGACCAAUCAGUGGACAGCAUUCGAGUUUCCAAACCUAACAACAGUCAUUAUCAGAGAAUGUCAUGGGUUAGAACAUGUAUUUACUACUUCCAUGGUUGGUAGUCUGUUGCAACUCCAAGAGCUACAUAUAUAUAACUGCAAAUAUAUGGAGGAGGUAAUCGCCAGGGAUGCAGAUGUUGUAGAAGAAGAAGAAGAAGAUGAUGAUGAUGACAAAAAAGGAAAGACAUCACAUUACCUUUUCUAAAAACUGUAACACUUGCUAGCCUUCCCCGUCUUAAGGGGUUUUGGUUAGGGAAGGAGGAUUUUUCAUUCCCAUUAUUGGAUACUUUAAGUAUUGAGGAAUGCCCAGCAAUAAUGACUUUCACCAAGGGCAAUUCUGCUACUCCUAAGCUAAAAGAAAUUGAAAAGGGGAAGAUAUCAACUCCAUUAUAAAGAUCAAAUAAGAGGUAAGUAGACGUUUUCUGCUAUAAUAACUCUUAAAAUACAUUAAAAAAAUUUGUCAUGUAUAUUUUUUCUUAUGGACAAAAGCCAGACAUUCUUUAUAUUUUUAACUGAAUAUUUUAUAUCUUAUUCAGGAAUUCAGUA